UAGUCCAGCAUUUACAGCAGCAUGUAUUGCGGAUUACUCCCCUUGUUGGUGUUGGUGUUGGUGCUGCCGUUGGCGAGUGCGCGUGCUGCAGGAGUUGUAGGAGCCCCCCCCCUGCAAGUCAAUACUGAUAGCGGGUCUCACUGUCCCCUGACUCGGUACCUAACUUCCAUCAGAGCUGCUGAUAGGCAUCCACUUGGUCAACUUGUCCAAUCCUGUUCAGAUACUCUGGUAUCUGCAUUUACAUCAGUAUUUGCCUUCGCAAUUCAUUGACAAGCCGUGUCCGUCCCCUACUUCAUCAACCAUAUAUCUACAGUAUAGCAACUGCCAAGAUGGACAACUUCAAAGCAUUCGGCAACAGCCUGAGCAAUCUCGGCCAAAACUUCACACCCUUCGCAUCGCGAACCUUCCAGUACACCAAAGAGCAGCUUGGCCAAGCUGAAGACAAGGUAUGUACCACUUCAUAUUGAUACUGCCUUCCACACGGCUAGGCGCUUAUCCACCUCACAGACUCAGCUUCCUCCCGACUAC